AUGCUUACAAUAAUUUUUGGUGCACUUGGCAUAGCUGCUUCUGUGUAUUUAAACUUAUCUCCUAUCCCAUCUCUAAAGCGUGCUUAUAAAACUAAAGACAUAAAAGAAAUUUCUCAAGCUUAUCUCACAAUAGCUUCAUUAAAUUUUGCAUUAUGAACUUUAUAUGGAAUUAAGGCCGACUUAAUUGAAGUUUUCAUUGGAAAUUUAAUCUGUUUUUGUCUUUCCACAAUAUGAAUAUGCACUUAUCAUGGAAUCAAAGGAGAUUGGAUAAUAUAUAUUCCAAUAUAUAUAAUAUCCAUGUCAAGUUUAUUGGUAGUCUUAUAUAUCUUCUGCCCAAAAUUAAUUUUAGGCUUACUUGGGAUUGGAGCUACAGUGUUAAUGUAUGGCGCGCCAAUAGAACGAAUUAUUCCAGCACUGAAAUAUAAGGACUAUUCUUAUAUUGAUGUCUGAAUUUUAACAGCUUUGAUUUUUAAUGCAGCUUCUUGGAUUAUUUAUGGGGUUAUUGUUGAUGAUUGACUUAUUUUAGCUCCUAAUAUAGCUGGGCUAAUUUUUACGAUUUUUCAAUUAAUUCUUUAUCUUUGGGCAAGGAGCUUAAUUUCUUGUGGCUUAUUUACAAUGAUUAGCAAAAAGCUGAACUAUAAAAGCCUUGAAGAUGGCGAAAACGAAAAUGAUAAUAUAGUCCCUGAAAUAUUUUAGAUCAUAUUGGCCAUCCAUAUUAAUUUCAAAAACUAACUUGUACUUGUCAGCUUUUUUGAAAAGUAAAAAUGAAAAUGGCAAUUAUCCCGCUUAUAGUUUUAAGGUGCCUAAUCAGACUAAUAUUGUAUAAUGCAAGUACCUGUUCCAUAUUUUUUCUAGUCGGAAUUCUGCUGGGGUAUAGAAAUCUAUUAAGGUGCAUGAGCUAUAAUUAA